GCUCCCUGCUCGUAGGCACGUGGCUAAACACGGCUCUCUUCGUUCUCGAAGUGCGCUACGCGAUCAACUACCUCCUGCAUCCCAUCGCCCGUGCCGAGCGGUGGUACGUGAAAGCAACGGUCGCGGCGUGUCUGGUCACGGACUCCAUCACGGUCGCGGGGCACUAUGCCGCAGUGUACUUGUACUGCGUCACAAAUUGGGGGAAUAUUGCAUAUCUGCCUGGACAGCAUCAGCCUACGCGAGUCUACUCGUUUGCUAGCGCUCUGACGACGUUCAUGGUGCAAAAUUUGCUUAUAUACCGAAACUGGAAAGCAACGAGAAUAUGGCCGAUUGCGGUCUUUCUCUGCUUGUUGGCAUGCACUACGCUAGGAGCUGUUAUUCGCACGACACAAUAUCCCCAAAAUGUCACCAGGGCGCAGGUUGUUGUUCCUGUCGUGUGCGUAUGACGCAUGCCUGUGCGGAUCAAAUUUCCUUAGGUCACAUUCCACAGACUAUCGUUGGUCUCUGCGACGUGCACCGAUAUUGGCAUUGCCAUCUGCCUUGUCUGUCAGUUACAUUUCAUGCACAGCGCAACGACCUUUUCUGGAACCAGGAAUAUUCUCCGCACGCUCAUGCGCAACGCACUGUCUACAGGAACGAUUCUGUCCAUCGGCGCGACCGUCCCGCUGAUCGCGUUCCUCAUCGACAAUGCGAGCCCCGUCGUGUGG